GCAGCUUCGAUUGAAAAUUUAUUUUCGCGAAGAGGAUUAUUUCAUUUGAUUGUAAAAUAUGUUUGAUAUUUACAUACAGCGUACGAAAAAUAAACAUCUAUAUAGAAAACACAAAAAAAAUGAUAAAUCGAUACUUAACGGGUUAACGACGCCCGAAUGAUUGCGCUCGGGCGAGUGGGUGGGCCUGAUGCCCCGAUGCUCGCGGUCCCAGAACCGAAUCGACGGUUGUGGAGGGGCAGGGGCUUCGAAUGGCGCGGGUAAAGAGAGGGUGGGGGCUGUCGGCGCAAGAGUCGGGCCCCGGAGGGCCCCUCGCAUCGGGUCUACGGGCCCGGUACAGUGGAGGGGGAGAGAGGGGUUCGAGGGGGCAAAGGCACAUUCCAAGGCGGAACGGCUGCCAGUGAAGGUGGAAGGCACCGACUCGGUCUCUCACGAUAUCGCGCUCCGUUCCUAUCCUCCGGUUGCUUUCUUUCUUCGAGCGCUGCUCCGUUGCUGCUCGUUCCCCGUGGGAGAAUCGUGCCGCGACCGUUCGCGAUGCGAUACGCGACUCUCGUAUUCGGAUUAACGAGAAUCCGUGGUCUACGGUGACGGCUAGACCGGCGUGCGUGCAACGAGGGCGGUGCGCGAGUGCGCGAGUGCGUGCGGUCGUCUUUUUUGGCGCCACGCGUAGCAACCCGGCGAUUCGAAAAUGCUCACGCCUACCGACUCGACGCGGUAUUCCAGUGGGAAGACCAAGGAACAGCGUGCUCGCUGCGAAAAUAGACCCCUGCCUCGUGUACAGAUCCGUGCCUCGAUCGUCGGGCAUGCGGAAGAAGCGUCGCCGGGAGACAGUGAUUGAGAGGAUCCGGGAGAGCGGACCAGGGAACACUCCGAAUCUUCGAUCCCGCAGGCACAAAGAUGUCCCAGCCGCAAUUAACCACGGACCUGGACGUUCCGGAAAGUCCGCAACACCCUUGCCAAUGCUCCGCGAUGAGUAGCAUGGAUUCCAUGAGAACGCAGAGGAGCGCGGAGCGUGGCGUGGGAAGUACAAGAAUUUCCAACAGUCAAGAACUCCCCAGAGGUCUGGAGGCGCUUCAGAACGCUUUCGAGCCAAUUCGAAGACUCGAAAGCCCGCUGUCUCAUCAAGAGAGCCAACAGAUCAAUUUGGAGAGUACUCGGAGCGUCGAUAUCUUGGAACAUCAAGUCGGCCUAUCGAACCCGAGGCCCAUGGAGAGUCAAAGCGCGAUUUUGUCGAGACACGGUCACAAUCUUUCGUGCAGCCCGAGGAACUUGGAUCUCUCUCGAAACUUGGCGUUCGAGGCCGCUCGGAGAGUUCAGGAAUCCGGCAGCAGCAUGCAGGAUAACCAGCACAGCCUAACUUCCAGCCCUAGCCCUUUGUUGGAGGCCAGCAGUUCAGCCUUACUGGAAGCAUCCGCGAAAGACCUGGACAAGCAACUAGAAGAUCACGGCGGGUUAUCGCAGAAGCAGCCAGCUUCCGGUAAAGAUAAACUGAAGAAUAUUCAGCAAGUGCUGAACCCUUAUCAGCACCAUCACGAACCGACGUCACCGGAACGCAACGUCCACGGGCAUUUCCAUGGCGACGCCCACACUCACGUUCACAAACACGCCGAGAAUUUCCGGGGCGGCGCGAAUUUGGACGUGGGAGACGGUCUGAUGGGAUUUCAGCAGCACCAGCGACAGCACACGCAUCAUCACCACGGAAACGCGAAGGCCGCGAACGUGACCCAUCAUCACGGACCGCCGACCGUGCAUCAUUCCCACGGGCCGCAAGGAAUGACCGGACAUCAUCACGGAAACCUGGCGCCCAGCCUCGCUGGCCACGUUCAUGGAAACCCUGGCCCUUUGAACGGCACCGGUUCGACGUCGAUGAGUCACGGAGGCCAAGCUACCGCUGGUAACCCGAGCACUCACCACCAUCCAAACACCAUCUCUGCGUCCGCCACCAUGGGACACAGAUCCUCGCCAUCGAGUCAUCGCCACCUCAGCGCUAGCACCGGACUUGGCAGCCAUUAUCCUCAGAAUUCAGGCUUCUCCAGCGAUCACCAUGGCACCUCCAGCGCGAUGAGCGGAGCGUCGUCGAAUUCGAGUAUGUUGAAUCACGGUGGAUCGCCCGCUGUUCAUCGACACGUCGCGAACGGCAACAGUAGUUUGUCGACGACGCCGUUGGCUGGCCACCAUCACGGCAGUUCGUCGGGUAGCUUGACCGGGCACUCCAGCGUCAACCAUCAUCACGUCAGCUCCGGGAUAUCCUGCGAGUCCUCCUCGUCGAACGCCAAUACGAGAACUCAUAGUCGUUUGGAUCACGUUCACGAUCAUCAUCAUCAUUUGCAGCAAGUGCACUCGUUGCACGGCCCCCAUUCUGAUUCUCGGCAAAGGGACAGAGCUCCCUCGAGCUUGGAGCAUCAUGGUCAUCAUCACGGGCACAUUCACGGCCACGGGCAUCAGCACACGCAGAACUCCGAUACCAAAAACUCCUCUCUUAUCGGGGUGGACUCCAUUCAGGUGUCGACACCUUCAAAGAGCAAAUGUCAAUGCCACGUGAUGCAAACUGGAGGGAAUAAGAGAGGGCAAGAGGGUGAAAGCGAUGGCGGCGUUGAAGUGACAUCGAGAACCCAUCAACCACCCGCGCUUCCACCACGACCGCCCCCUAGGCCAACCAGGCGUUACGAAACAACAUCUGCAAAUCAAUGCCACACCGGCGAAGGUGGUUGCUGCAAGAAGUACGUUGUCCUUUGUUGCCUUUGUGGUGGGCUGAGCGCUGCGGUCGGUAGUCUCUUUUUGGCGGUGCACGCGGUCCUUUCAGCCCACACGGCCAGCCUAGCGCUCUUUGAGACUGUACCAUCUUACAUUCCUGGCAUAAUGUUAAUUUUAAUGGGGCUGUUCACGAUGCUACUCGCGAGGCGGAAGCACAGAUACGGUCUUCUGAUGAAGGUCUGCGGUUCCGUUGGCGUGGUGUGCGCCCUGGUGUGCGUGCUGGUCACCGUCACGACGACAGUGAUACACAUGUCCCGGCUCCAGGGCCUUCGAAAAUGCGUUUACACCGUGAAAGCCAGGUCGUGCACGUGUUACGGAGCACCAGAAGGAGAUCCAGGAGUCCUCUUCGAGGGCACUCCUCACUGCGAGGCGGUCCACGGUGCCCUGCACGCCUGCCUGAGAGCGUUGUUCGGCGUCUCGGUCGCGGGAAUCUUGGCCUGCAUAUUCUCGUGUAUGCUGGUGUACCAGUUGUUGAGUCACGAGAAGAAGAAGAUGUACUGGGAGCAGUUGGAGCUCAGAUGCAGAUCUCUGUACGGCCAGGGAGGCACAGUGGGACCGCCGACUGGUUCCUGCGGGUGUUGCAACGACUGCGGCGGUGCCAGCCCUUGGUGGGCCCAGACGCCGGGAAAUUUGUACACGCCGAAUCCUGACUUGGCGCCGUCGAGAAGAUGGCGUUUGCCAUGGUCCAGAUCCAGAGGACCAGCUCCAAGUCCCGAUUCGAAUUACGGCUUCCACACCCAAGCCAGACAGACGGAAGCCAACGCGGAGAACACCAACGGCCCUUACAGCGUCCUGAAUUCUCAAUCCAGCGGUCCUUACUCGGUGUUGAACGCGCAGACGGGCCCGUACACGCCAAGCACGGCCUCUUACAGCGUUCUGGAGGCUCCUGUGCCCAUGUGGGGCCCUCCGCCGCCCUACAGCGAUCCUAACAGUCCGGCAAGGAGGCCCCAAGUAGUCGAACAGAGGCCCAGAAUCGCUAAACGAAUAGAGAAUUUCGAGAACAAUGAAGAUCACAGAUCGAGGUCCGCGAAACGCCCCUCGGAUAAUUACGAGAACGCCGAGGAAAUAUCGAACAGCACCGAUCCGGAGGGUGGAAACGAGGGCACCAUGAAAGGUAGAAGGAUCAGGAAGCCCUUGAAGGGAGUGGAAAAUGGUGCGUUCCAGCAGGAGGCGAAUCCUGGACCGAAACAAUCGGAAAGCGAACUCUAUUUUGGCGACGUGUCUUCGUGUUGCGGGCCCGAGAGCAGUUUUUACGAUUUGGCUGUGGAGAAAGAAGGUGCUGAACAUUCGGAGGGCGUGGACUACCUAGCAGCCCGUUUAGGUAAAAGACAAUUAUCGAAGCGAUCGAGGCUACCUCUGCCGCUGCCAUCGGAGAGCGGCGACAUACCGUCCGACAAUUACGCCAACAGCGACGAACCGAGAAACGCAAGAGGACCUUUCUUGGCUCCGGACGCCCAGUACGAAGUGAUCCAGCAGGGUCGAUACUCGUACUAUCCGGCAAAGGACGACGAACAGCUCCAAGAAGGUCCAGCCACCUCUGGUUACUUCAGAGAGGAGGAGACUGAUAGAGGAAGAGAAAGAGACUACAGGGAUUACAGGAGCAGUCAGGAGGAAGAGACGCCCCAGUGUUGUCUGAGCGACUCGACGACACUGGAUUCUGGCUGGCAAAGCGGUGAACAACAACAAUCGGACGACAAUGUCCGACCUGUGAACGUGUAAUUGCAUCGAGUUGCAUUGCAUCGAGUUUCAUUGAGAACCGUAAAGGGAAACGAUGUCGCGAAAUAAUUUUUAUAGAGGCAGUUCCGAACCUAGACUUGCACAGUACAACCUGUCCUUUGAUUUACGAGGCCAGGAUCACCGGAGAAACCGUGUCCGACUUAUCGUUAGUAUUUCAUUGUAACCUCUCGGAAGUCUUGUCUCGAGUCCAGCACAACCCAAUACGAACUAUCGCGAUUUAGAUAGAGAAAGUGUCCACGUAGAAUACAAAGAGAUGGUGAUAAGUGCAAAUCUAAGAUUAGCGUAUUCGUAAAAUAGAGUUUCAAGCAAUGUGAUUUGUUGUGGUACAGUUUAAAUUAAGACACGUAAACCUUAACCGUUUAGAAUAUAAGCAAACAAACUAGUGGUGAUGUUUGCUAGUUUUAUCAAGAAUCAAUGAAUGGAACCAUUAGCAGUAUAGACAUCAUUUAACUUUGUUCGGUGUAAACACGUCGAUCUUACAAUUAGCGUUUGGAUCAUCUUAGGUCGCAAUUCGUGAACAUCGAUUAAUUGAGUUCUCUAGAAGGAGUUUUAGGAUUUUAUUUUUUAAUGAGACACAAAUGGUACGGAAUAUAUCGGAUAUUCUAUUUGUAGUUUAACACGUUCACUGUCAGACAAAUAUUCUUAAAAAUUUCUGCUAGGUUUAAAUUUCAUUCAGACUAUUGGAAACUACAUAAUCGAAAAUUUAUCGCGGUAUUUAUUUUUGUGACUACAUCAACAUUCAUGAAUUUUAUUCAAGUUCAUGUCCUUUGACGCUUAACCUUUUCGGUGCUCUGCGCGAGUAUACUCGUCAAAUUAUUUUGUUCUUGUCGUGCUCAAGACGAGUUAAAUCGCAUGAGCUUAUUGUUAAUGAGUUACCGAGUUAACUCGUCUCGAGCUCUUUCCUAUUUAAAAAGCUCA